CUAAUUCCAAUAGUGCUUUUUCACAUAAAACAGGUCGGAUUUUGCAGUAAGAAAUGUGCUGAAGAUGCCCAGAAUCCAGAACAUUCAAUAGGUGGUGGACCUGGUCAUCAUCUGUUCGAUUGCGGUGGAUUGUUACCAUGUCUCCAAUUGGAUGACCUUUUCAUGAAUUCAGAGGAGUUGUUUGAAACUACUUCCCACUCUCAUUUGGCGUAUACUUGCAUUGCAAAUACUUUGCCGAAAACUCUCCUGGAUUAUUUAUGCUCUACUGGAAGAUACAGGGUAAGAAACUGCUCUGGUCUGAAAUCAGAAGCCAGACAUCCAGGAUUUGUAAAUGCUGAAAGAGACUGCUCGAAUCCUCCCAUGGAAUUCAAUGCCAGUGAUUAUUCGUCAAUUGCAUGGUCAGAAGAAGGGAGUGGCAAAUUUACGAGAGAAGAAUUAUGGCAACUCACUGUCAAUGCCGUGUUUCUUACAUAUUGCCUUUCAUUGAGUGGAUACCCCAUGAAAUGGUUUGACGAAGCAAAGAAGAACUUCUAUGAAUACCCCUCCUCCACAAAUAGACCAGCUAGCAUUCCUGCAAGUUGGAUUGCAGCCUGCAUGCUAUAUCACUUGAAAGCUGUACCGUUCAGUUCAACUGCUUAUGUGGAGUAUCAAGGGCACUCGAAAAAGGUGGCAAUUGCACAGUGCAUUUAUCCAACCCCAGCCCUCAUUAAACACUCCUGCAAUCCUUCUGCCUCUCUAGUGAAUACUGCAGACGGAGGGGUGUUUGUCUACGCUGUGCGUUCACUACGAGCAGGUGAAGAAAUCUCCAUCACACUCGGACCCCACUUUGCUGAAAUGAAGGCUGAUGAACGAAAGUCCUUUCUCAAAAUGCGCUAUCGAUUUGAUUGCUCGUGUGAAGCCUGUUGCAAUGAGUGGCUCUUGAGGGAGGGAGAAGAGUUGAUCAAAUGUCCUUCAUGUCAACACCUCAACAUUAGCCGUGCUAAUAAGUGUUCGCGUUGUAAGGAGAGAAGUGGGAUUAGUAUUUAUAAACUUCUGAUGGGAAAGGACAUGCAAUUUCUUGCAGAUUGCGUGGAUAGGAAUGAAUGGAGCAGCGAGAACAUACUUAUGGCAUCUACUAUAGUAGAACAAUUUCAGGCACUUUUGUCACAGCCAAGUUUAACCCUUUGUAGAGUUAUUCAUAUAUAUGCAGAUUUAGUUGCGAAUGCGCAUGGCGUCGUUACUUCCGAUCCUAUAUCAAACGUUGAUGAGAAAAUUGCUCACAUACAACUGUAA